AUGACUGCCAACAACGUUAAAAGAGUUGACUUAUGUGUACAAUAUAAACAUACUUUACCGCCAAAGAGUCCCUUUGAAACUAACAUGGGACUUUCAAAAAUGGUCAAUCAAUCUAUGCCGAUGGUUGGUAUGUUUUUGAGAAACAAAUUCAUUGCUUGGUUUGCUCUGAUUCAAAGUUUCCAUUAUUAUCUUAACGCUGAUCCUGAUCAGGAGAAUUCUUCCGGCAGCAAAAAUGCAAUGGACCAGUCACCUAUGAUGAAGGUUGUUCUAAGUAUUAUAGGUAUAUGUGUUUGUUACAUGAAUAUCGCAUUACCACAACCUGAUGCUCCACCUCUCAAGCCAAAGGCUGUUGAAGAUGCUAAAGUGGUCGCCAAAUCGGUGGAAGGCGCAAAAUCAACGUAG